GACAUUCUGUGUCAGUUGUCAAGAUUAGGUUUGUAUUUCUUUUUUUGUCAUGAUCUUUAAGCAUUGACUAUUAUAUAUCUUUUUUAUGAAUUAUGUUUAAAUAUAUGAGGUAUCAAUUUGAAACGUUUACUAAUUAAAUGAAAGAAUAGUAAAAAUGUCGUUAUUAGGCUCACCUUAUCCAAACUCUUACAAUAAUCAAGAAUUCGAAUUUGACGACGAUAAAUAUGAUAACAAUGAUGAUAAAGAACAAGAUGAACAUUAUGACCAGAGCAAUGAAGACACAGAAGAUGCUAGUGAAACAGAUACAGGUAGGCAAGAAGAACCUUUAGAAAUCAAGGAACAAAUGUACCAAGAUAAACUUUCAAAUUUAAAGAAAAAACUUCAACAACUUAAGGAUGGCACCCAUCACGAUUAUAAUAGAAAAGUACGAAAGUUAGAAUAUCAAUACAAAGAACGGUUAAGAUUAAAUGUACUUUAUAGAGACUAUCUUAUUGAAUGUGUGGAUAAAGAAUACAUUCAAGAAAAAAAAGCUGCAGUUCGAGAGUUUGAAGAGAAAAAAAUUGAUUUGAAAGAAAAUUUAAUAUCUGAUUUGGAAGACAAGAAAAAAACUGUUGAAGCAGAAAGGUACUCCAUGGAGCUAACAGGAGACUGCAUGGAAGUAAAACCUGUAAUGACAAGGAAAUUACGUAGAAGACCCAAUGAUCCAUUGCCUCUUCCUGAAAAACGUAGGAAGCCACCAACGGCACAAAUAACCUAUUUACUAGAAGAAAAGGAUGUGGAACAUGAUUUAAGACUGAUAAAUAAAGGAAAAAUAUCCACACCAGUAAGAAAACAAAGUGAAAAUUCAUGUUCUUUGAGCCCAGGACUACAGAAUGCGACAAUUCAAGCCACUACAGAAGUACCUCAAAUAGAGACUAGGAUAGAAGAUGGUAAACUUUUAUAUGAAAAAAGAUGGUAUCAUCGAGGACAAUCAGUAUUUGUUGAAGGUCGUGAUAUGCCGAAAUUUCCAGCUAAUAUUUCUGCUAUUGGUAAUGAUAUUAUAUGGGUUAAGAAGUCCGAUGGGGCUAAAGUAAGGAUAUAUACUUCUUAUCUUGCUAGAGGGAAAAUUUCGAUAAAAAGGAGAGCCUCUUGAAAUUAUCUGUAAAAUAUCAAUAAUAUAUUAGUGUUUACAUAUAUAAGUCAUGAAAUAUGUAUAUUUAUUUCUUUUUUAUUAUAACUACAUAAAAAUAUGUUUUCUAUCUAUGUAUUUUCCGAAUAUCUUUUGGCACUAAAUUUUGUACAAUGAAUUUUUGAGUCGAAUAUUUUAUAUUAUAAUAAACAGUCUCAAUAAUUAACAA